AUGAACUGGGAGAACGGCAUCGCGCCCACCCAGCCCUUCCACGCCUUCUCCAGCUUCCACACGCACCACCCGCCCCGGCCUCCACCCCCGCUCCACACCAGCACCCACCAGCGCACCAGAGAGCAGCAGCAGCAGCAGCAGCCGGAGCAGCCCACAGCCUACUACCUCGAGCAAGCCGCGCUCUACGCCCCAAACCUCGGCCCCGAUCCCUUCGCCGCCGCCGCCGCCGCAGAGCAAGCACCGCCGCCGCCGCGCCGUCCCCUGCGACAGGCCCUCGGCGCCUGCACCGCCGUCCUCACGCAGCCGCUGUACUCGCGCGGCGCCUCUGCCCUUCGCAGGACCAGCACCACCACCGCGGCCACGAUUCUCCGGGCGGGCGCCGGCGCCGGCGGCGUCUGGAGACGGGACGGCUUUGAGCUCGGGGCGCUGGCGGCGCUGGUCGUGGUGAAUCAGGCUUUGGGCUACCUGCCGGGUUGGGCUGGGAAGGAGCUGCUUGUGCGAGACGUGCUAGACGGCGUCGUUGGAGGAGGGGGGGGGGGAGGGAGAGAGGGAGGGGCAGUGGUGUAUAAGAUCUGGUUGAGUGCCGGGAGGCAGGCGAUUGGGACGGGGCCCGUGUGUCAGGCUGGGGCCUGA